GUUAUCGAGACAGAAUGGCCAGACUGGGAGACCUUGAAGUCAUUCAGCCUCUUCUCGCUGAAUAUCGAGCGCAGAGAUACGAAGAGCAACCACUUUAUCGGCCUCAAGGCCGACGAGGAGGAGGACCGCUACAUCGAGCGGCUUGCGAAAGUCUUUGGCUGUUGCGCAGCUACCCUCAAACGUGAAUUCCAGGACCAUGAGCCCCUUGCCAGAAAGAUCUACAUCGAACAGAAAGUUUCAACACAGGACGCUUGGAGGGAAGCGUUGAGGCGAACCCAGGAAGGUCGAGCGGCUUUGAAGGCGAAUCACCCAGCCAUUUCGUUGUUGCCAGUUUUGGCAGAGUUCAUGACUUUCGGAUCGUCGACAUCUGGAGUGGAGCAAGGAUUCGCCAAAACUCUACGAACGAUAAGUCCUCAACAACUCGCAGCCGAUCACAUGGUGGAAGAAAACAUCUGCAAAUUAGCUAUUGACAAGGGCUUGGAGCGCGAUGCCGACAUCGCUCAAACAGCCAUCAAGUUCUGGGCCGAGGCCUUCGGUGAGCCAAGAAAACACAACGAGGGGAAGAGCCGCAUCGACAAGGGCAUCACCACGAGGAAAAGGGCGCGCCCUGACGGCCGGAAGACUGAGGCGGACUUUCUACGCAAGCGGCGGGAUAGCGUGGUUGUCGCUGCCCAGGGCACUUCGGCAACUGACGCGUCCAACUCUAUCAUCAAUGGCACAUGCCUCCAUGAAGCAGGGGGCGCCUGGACUGAUAAGCACGAGAAGGAGCAGGACUUCCAGAAGACCAAGCGCGCUAGGCGGAUGUUCCUGAAUCGUGGCGAGCUGCUGGACGAUGAGCUAGCUGACCCUGAAGUUCAAGAGGAAAUGAAGCAGCAACAAUCCAACCAAGACAAGCGGGACAAAGAACGCUUGGCUGACACCAAGCGAAAAGAGCUACGUACAACUGGUGGUGGGCUAGGCAAUAUGAACGGGCGCUCCGCUUUCAUUGACCAGGACGCCUCCUCUGACGAGCUGUCGGCAAACCUCCUCCGCAAAGGCGCCAACGUCGUGGACCAGCGGUGCGGGGCGCAGACUUUCGUUGUUAGGGACCCUGCUUCCACAAGCACCCGGAUCCAUGUGAGUGCGCGCAUGACUGGCGCGUGGAUCUGCACGUCUAGGCUUGACGCUGGCCCCGUCGUGAAAUACAAAGCGAAGUUGGAUAUUCAUAAGAAGGUAUCCUUAACCACGGACUUCAAGAACGCACAAAUGGCAGUGGCAAACAUCAUCAAGAGGAUCGCCACCACGUUCCCGGGGUCCAAGUGGAAGAUUCUGGAGGAUGUGGAGCAGUACCGCACUCUCAAGAACAAGGCCGAAGUGCAGAAGCGGCCCAACGACGCGUUGGGCAUCGGGCUGGACGCAGAG